AAGUGCAGGCAGGAGUCCGGAUGCUGAAAGCCCAGCUGGGUAACGUCAGUGCAGCUUAUGGAGAAAUCCAGAUCCGGCUGGACAACGUCAGUGCAGCGCGAGCAGCAGUGCAAGGUCGCUGCAGUUACCUGCUGACAAAGGUCUCCAGGGGCUGGAGGUUUUUCAAUGGGAACUUCUAUUACUUUUCACACGAAAUGAAGUCGUGGGAUGAGGCCGAGCAGUUCUGUGUGUCUCAGGACUCGCACCUGACCUCUGUCUCCUCCCAGGCGGAACAGGAGUUUCUCUCCAACGAGACCCAGGAACAAGAUCACUGGAUUGGACUCACCGACCAGGAAACAGAAGGCAGCUGGCACUGGGUGGAUGGCACAGAAUACAGAGCAGAUGCAAGCAGGGGGUUCUGGGCGGAGAAUCAGCCAGACAACUGGCAUCAGGGGAUUGGAGGCAGAGAAGACUGUGUUCACAUCAGUCCAAUGAACCGGAAUUUGUGGAAUGAUAUCAACUGCACUGAGCCUUUCAGGUGGAUUUGUAAGCAGGCCCAUGGACCAGCUGGGAUGUGACAUGCAGGUCCCAGCACCUCAGAAAGCCACCUUAAUUUUCAAGCUAGAAUAUUUCCCAGCCACCUGCCGAUGAGGAGCCCUGGGCACUGGAGUGGGCCGCAUAGGAUAUGCAUUGCAGGGAUGCUUUGUCUUGCUGUGAUAUUUCUGGCUGUGGCAGCAACAGCUGCCCUUAUGCCACUCAGUGUGGCUGGCUCUGUAAUUUGUAUGUUUCCAGGUCUGUCAAUGAAUAACAUCCUUGGAUCAU